CAUUUAAAAAAUGUCUCGAUGACACAAAAGUCAAAAUUUUGUAUUGAAUUUUCGGUUAGCGCGCUCUCCAUAUUGAACGAUGCCUUUCUUGCUACGUUUCCUCGGUCUAUCUAAAUCGCACGAAGUGGCUCUUCUUGUCUCGAUCGUGAUUUGCCACGCCAUGUAUGACAUGUACAAUUUAGAAUUUACAGUAAACUUGAAUCGCAUAUGGGACGCGCGAUUUCGCUUUGGGUCCUUUCCGGAAGAAAUCGAGACGUGCAUAAAGUACAUACUGUGGACGCUUGUUGUUUUGCGGUCAUUUACAACGCCUUUUUACCUGGCACUCUCGUGCGUCAUAUUUUGGGCCGCCCUACUCAGUGAUCGGCCGCUAUUCCUAGUACCAUGGCUAGUGACCGGUUUCUUCAAGAAUGUGGUGCCAAGCAUCCUCUCAUUGAUUGUGGCCGUUUACACCUGCAUUGUAACUGAUUUACAAAUAUGGGCUUGCUGCAUCUUUAUAUUAACCCAGAUGAGUAGCAGCGCCUUCUUCGUUUAUCUGUGGUCCAGCGUCCAAAGCUUGUACAAAGAUCAACAGAUUGACACAAGUACAGACCAAAUGGCUAAGGAGAAGGAGGUUGUGGUACGGCGGAGGAAGGCUAGAUUAAUGAAAGGUUAUCCAGAGGUUUUCUACGAGUCGUGCAUCGAGGAAGAGAUACAUUUGAAGUGCGUGUCCACCUUCGAAAAUUUGAUGCAACGCGUCAGAGAGAAGAAGGGCCCCAAACAGGCGAAAUCAAUCGACUCGCUUUUGCAAUCGAUCGCAAGCACAGUAGAGGAAAAUGAGUGGAACAACAUGUUCGAGCGGUCCCAUAGGCUCGUCUCGAACAAGACUAUUAAACAAACCGUAAUGCAAACUUUCGGCCUUACCGAUGAGGAUAUUUACAUCGCAAAAAUACACCAAAAUGAAGAAUUCAAACGAAUACUUUCCGAAACUGGUAUCCCCAAAGUUUCUUCAGAUGAUGACACGUUUUUGUCUGCUCUUUCUAACCCGAGCAGUUCGGCCCAAGACACCGUUUCAAAUGAUGAAAACGCGUGUGGAUCAGCGUCCACUUUGGAGUCUACAUUCUCAAACGACUCGGAAACCCAAAUUUGCGCGGUUGUAAAUUAUAGCACAACUUCGCUUGCAGACAAGAGUGUAGAAACAAAUCCGAUAUCUGAUGACUCAAAACUGGAAACAAGAUCGCCAAUUCCACUACCGACUCCAAACCUUCGAACCACCCCCGCCUUUUAUUUCGAAGUUUCUAAUGGAGCAAGUAAACCUUCGGUUAAUAACAAGGUUGUGUUAAGCGACUUUGGUUGUCAAGUCUCCACUUUGAGUAGGAACAUUUUGAACUCGCCUCCGAAGGAGUUUUUGACGUUUUUCCCCGAGAGUACCUCGUUAUCUUACGGAAUUUGUGAGAGUAGGUCCUCAUUAUUAAACCGAGGGACUUCGGCACAUGCGCUAAAAUCGCCUACGGCACAAUACUGUGUGUAAAUU